GCUCGUCUGUUCGACUGUUGUAGACGGCGACACAGUAUCUCUGUGACUGUUGUGAAUUACGUUUGCCCAUCGGUCGCGUGUGUUGUGGCGUGCGCGCGUUAUCUCGCCGAAACCGUUUUUGUUUCUGUUUUUUUUUUGUGAUUUUUGUUCCGUAAUUUAUUACACCCAUUCUUGAAUAACAUUUGACGCUUACUAUAACUCGAGACGUGUGCGAUUUACCUAUCUCUCCGAUGAUGGAAGGCUGAAAAGCGUCGUGUUUGCCUGUAACGUACACCUAUAUAGCGAAAUCUACAACGACCCUUCGCCAUGGCCUACAAUCUCGGAAGAAAUGAAAUAUUGACAGAUGUGGCUCUAUAUUUGCAAACGGUGUUGGUCGCCGAAUCCCUUUCAGAGCGAGCCGAAAUACAACGCCAACAGCUCUUGGAAAAACUCACCAACAGAGAAAUGUCACCGGCUAGGACUCCGUACAUGGACAUGAACGGACGUUCAAAGGGUCUGAUAAUGAAGUCCAACAGCUUCGCGUGCUUACACCAGCAAGCGGCGUACGAAGAACUGUGCUCGAACCAGCCUAUCUACAACAACGUGCCGUACGAAGACGACAUACUCAAUUACGAAACUUUCGUGACCGGCUGCAACGGGUACAGUCCGCCGCCCAAACACCACCUGAACGCGAAACGGCACAGCGCGCCUAACAGCGGCGGUGGCGGUGGAGGCGGCAUCACCGACAACAGCAACCUGUCGACGGGCUCGUUGUGCAAAUCAGCGUUGAACGGCAGCAGCAGCCUCAGCAGCCGGUCGAACAGCGACUCGUCCGAGAGCUCGAAGAGUGAGGUGAUCUACGUGUCGGCGAACGCGGUCAAGUACUCGGCCAGUAAGUACGGGCCGCUGACGAAACGAGAGAAGAUACUGUUCGUCGACCACACGAAGAAGUACUGGGCCGCGGUGCUGUCGUCCACUAUGUACGUGUACAACGGCGAAAAGGAGUUGAAACCUUGUCUGGUCGUCCACCUCGAAGGAUACACGGCCAGGGACGCGGCGAGCUCCGGCAACCGGAACAAGGACUGGGUAUUCGAAGUUGUGUGCCCGGGCAAGAAGACUUACCAGUUUAUAGCUCAAAACCAAAAUGACUUGCACUCUUGGAUCGAGGCCAUCAACAAUUCGUGCAGCAAGCCGUCCACCCCAGAAAUGGAGCAGCUCCCAUCUUCUCCCAUAUGCUUCAAACAGGAGCUGUUGCCUAACCGCGAAUUACCCAUACCCCCUGCUAUCGAAGACCCCACCGCGCAGGAUUACUAUUAUGAUAAACCAAAUCCCAUCAUAAGACCGGUCAAUCUUUACGAGAACGGGACGGAUGACGUAGACAUGAUUGAGUCGAUAUACCACUUUAUCGACGAGUCCAGACAAGAAAAGGACACGUUGCCAAAGAUCGAUAAACAGUUCUGGGACGGCGACACGUCGUAUUACAAUAUACCAAACAACAUACCGGUGCCCGUGCCAAUCAAGGAAGAUCGAAAUAACAACGAAUACGAUGAUUAUUUCGCCGAAAAGGAAACUAGCUACGACAUAAUAACAAACGACGAAUGCGAGGUGACUGUGGCGGACCCGGUUUUGGGCGUACAACAGAUAAUACAAAAAAUCGAAGAGAUAAACAGCAAAAAGUCAUCGCCUUUUUUAAGGCGUAAAUCGCAACCAAAGAUCAACAACUGCAACGGGCCAAUGAGAAACUCUACGCCGAUAUAUACUACCGAUGAGUUUUAUGAGCCCAUGAAAGUGAUAAAAAACAUACAACCCAACAACAACGUAGCAACAGUUGUCGGUUCACAAUCGUUUCGAAAAUCUCGUUGAACGCGCUUAUGAGUUCUCAUUGAGAAAAUAUACAACGUCCUUGUUAUCCAAUUGUGCGGAAUCUCGGCCAUGUCGUAGUUAAAUUUCAUUAAUUUCCCUUAAAUCAUCUUAAAGGUUUAAAAGUUACGACGGUUGCGGAUUGUGUAAUAUUUAUACAUUCAUUUAUUUAAGAUCAUAAUAUACAUAUCGCGACGCCGCGGUCAUACCGAAAUAUGAUACAUUAAAUUAUUAUUUGAUAGUAAGUCGCUCAAUACAUUUUUUAAAUUACAAACAAUUUUGAUAUUAUCAUGAUAUCUUAUACACUACCUAUAUAGUUUUCUCCUAUUCUGACAAGUCUGCUUACCGGUAGAGAUCGUGUUUAUACACUGAAUAUUAUAACACAUUAUAUAAAAAAUUUUAACAGCGAAAAAGGGAAAAGCUACUUUUAUGUUUCUAGUCUGUAGGUUGUAAACAAUUUUUACUUUGUUAAUUGAUUUUUUUUUAUUAUUAUAUAAUAGUAUUUAGGUAGAAAUUAGAAUUGUCCGAUUAAUAACAUUGAUUUAUUAUUCUAUUAUACUGUACUUUUUUUUUUGUAUACAAAUAAACAAAUACAUUCCGUGUUAUCCACUCAAAAAAAUAAAAUGUACAGAAUUAUACUGUUAAAGAUUACUGUUGGAUCUCUAUAAUAUUAUAUAUUAUAUUGUAUGAAUUAUACUUCUUCCCUUUAAAAUGUCACAUACCCUCAUACUUUUUCGUGCUUUAUACAUGAUAAUGUUCUUUAGUUCAUCAGAAUAUCGCAUUUUUUUACCGCUUAUAAUUUUAUUAUUAGUCAACUACUGUUAAUAUACAUUACUUAGGACUUAGGUGUUAGAUAAACCAUGGACUUUAUAUUUUGUAAUUUGUACAUAGCGUAUUACUAUACUAUAUAAUAUUAGUGCAAAAAAAUAACCGCAUUGAAUGUAAUUAUUUACUAAAACUGAAUAAAUGCAGUAACAUAAUAUGUAAUAUAAAAACAUUAUAGUUAAAA